UAUGGGGAGUAAGAGGAAGCAAACUGGAAGCUUAAGUCAGACUCAGAUGAAUAAUAAAAAGAACAAACAAGUUGUGCCUAAGAAGUUCAAGUAAAUGAAGAUAAAGACAAGUGUUAAUCUAGUUGAAGCAAGAGAGAACAUGGUUAUGUCAAUUGCUAGAUUCUUCUACCAUUUUGCAAUUUAAUUUAAUGCAGCUGAUUCACCAUAUUUCAGUGCAAUGGUAAAUAAGAUAGCAGAGUAUGGACAAGGAUUGAGGCGUCCUUCAUGAAAAGACAUUAUAGGUAGCCUUCUUAAGAAGGAGAUGAAUACAAUUGAUGAGUACUUGAAAGAAUAUAGAGCAUCUUGGAAGCAAACUGGGUGCUCAAUUAUAGCUGAUGGUUGGACUGACAUGAUAAAUAAAUCAUUGAUUAAUUUUCUAGUGUAUUGCCCAUGUGGAGUGUAUUUCUUAUCAUCUGUAGAUGCAUCUGGCAUUUGCAAGGACAAGGUCAAUUUGGCUAAUUUGUUUGAUAAGGUGGUGCAAAAUGUUAGUGUGCAAAAUGUUGUUCAAAUUGUAACUGACAACCAAUCAAGUUAUAAGGCUGCAGGAAAAAAUUUAGCCAAUGAGAAGUACAAGUCCUUCUAUUGGGCCCCUUGUACUGUUCAUUGCAUUGAUCUAAUGCUAGAAGACAUUGUAAAACUUAAGAAGAUGACUUCAUACAUUGCGAAAGGGAGAAAGAUCACUAAAUUUAUUUAUAAUCACUCUUGGGUUCUUAGUAUGAUCAGAAGUAAAUUCACUGAAGGGAAAGAUCUUAUGCCCUCUACUUCUACAAGGUUGGCCACACAUUACAUUGUAUUGGGUUGCUUGAUGAAUCAUAGAAGAAAUUUGAGAAGGAUGUUUGAUUCUGAUGAUUGGUUGAAUUCUCGCUAUGCAAAGUUGGUUGUCAGAAAAGAGGUUAAGAAGAUUGUUCGAAGUAGGAGUUUUUGGAGGAAUGUUUAUUUCAUCUACAAAUGUUUUGCUCCUCUUGUUAGAGUUUUGAAAUUAGUUUCCAUUUGUAUAUGCUGA